GCGCGCAGCAGAAGUCGCUAGAAACGUUGAGAUGAUGCGUCACUGCGCGCCAGUGAGUAGACACGCGCGAUUCCUGAGCAGGUUGACAGAGCGGCGCAUAAACAGCUAGCUUCCGUCUUUAUGCAUUCGCUUUGAACUGACAGCAUAAAUUCAUAACACUACCACGGGCGAAAGGACGCAAGUGACAACGCAGAUUUUUGUGAAAACUGAAAGAAGAUAUCGACAUGCAGCCAGCAACUGCCAAGUGGUAUGACAGACGAGAGGCCGUCUUCAUUGAAUUCUGUAUAGAAGACAGCAAAGAUGUCCAAGUUAAAUUUGACAAAACAAAGCUUGAUUUCAGUUGUGUUGGAGGAACAGAUAACAUGAAACACCAUAAUGAAGUAGAACUAUUUGAGUCCAUUGACCCAAAUGAGUCUAAACACAAACGCACAGACAGGUCUGUGUUUUGCUGUCUAAAAAAAGCAGAAUCUGGCAAGUCUUGGCCAAGGUUAACAAAAGAGAAAACGAAGCUUAAUUGGCUUAGUGUUGACUUCAAUAACUGGAAAGACUGGGAGGAUGACUCGGAUGAAGAAUUGUCCAGUUUUGAUCGCUUUUCAGAGGUUCAUGUCUACAUAUAUACUGCUAUUAAUAAUCUAAAAUUGUAUAAUGUAAAAAAAAUCAUACUCAUUUGUGUUUAUUUGAUUUUAAAGAUGAUGAACAACAUGGGAGGGGAAGAUGACCUACCAGAUGUGGAUGGUGCAGAUGAUGAGGAGUCUGUGGAUAGUGAUGACGAAAAAAUGCCAGACCUUGAGUGAAGGAAUUGGAAACCAUCAUGCAGAAAAAAGCAAGAAUUUUCACUUAACACUUAAAUGAAGAGAGACUAAGUUUGAGUUGGUAGCCAUUUAAAAACUGCCUCGUUUUUCAAGGUCUUGCUGCAGAAAGUCACAAGGAAUGAAUUUUUACUGUUGUGUUGAUGGCAACGUCAGCCCCUCGACAAUACAUACACACUUUACUUUUCUGUUCUGCAUGGACAAUUACGAGCUCUCAAUGAUGUAUUGUGGACACCAGUUAUGGUCAUUUACUCAAUGGCUUUUACAGUCUUGGGCUUUUUCCUCAAUGUCAGUGGGGUUAUUGCAUCAUGUAACGUAUACAUUGUAAUUUGUAGUAAUGGAAAAAGGACAUGAAUGACUUUUUCAACAUAUUCUGCCUCCUCCCUCUCAUUCAGACUGUAAAUUUUAUUUAAUUAAUUUUUUGUUCCUUUGUGUUGAGGCUCAGAUUUCCUCGUGUGUGAGCGAAGGAAGCGUUGUCUUAAGAUACAUGCUUCUUAAUUGCAAAUGCCAGCCAAGACAUUUGGUUUUCACUAGUGCUGUAUAUGAAAUCAGAAUGAUAUAUUCGAAACCCUUGCACUGAUUUAUUGCUAAACUUCCAUUUUAUGUGUUUUAGCUGCAGUUUUGACCCUCAGAUAGGUUUAUGUGUCAAUCCAACAUGUUCAAAGUACAUAGUCAUGUCUGUACACGCUGCUUUACGAAAUUGUUUCAGGUUGGCAGUUAGUAUUUGUUGUUUUGAAUCACACUUAGAUGUGUAGCAGGCAAUUGUACACUGGUUUCUUCCAUAUAUGUAAAGAGAAGUUAUUAAAAAAAGCAUAUGCCUCACCGCUGUACAGAACAAAAGGGUAAUUUAUCAACGAAUUAAAAAAAAAUUAUCAAUAGAUGACCAAUUUGUGUUUGCACUCUUAAUAUCAAUUCAGGUGUGACUAAAAGAUGAAAACAAUGUUGUGACCUGUCAUUUCAGGUUUAUAAAUUUCAGUUUGUUAAAUGCAGUGAGGUUUUUGUCUACAUAUUUCUAAUAAACUGUCUCUAAACAACC